UAUUGCUUCACUUGCAAAACCUCCUAUCCCAAGCAAAGCAACCAAAACUCCCUUGACCCUAACCCCACCCCACCAUAUAAGAACAGCCCAUCUCAUUGCACCACCACCAUUUAUCAAACUCACUGUCCAUCAUGGGCACUGUAUUCUUUUUCUUUUCUGUGCUGUAUCUACUUUCAAUCCCAUCUACAACCUCUGCAUCUCCUGGUGAUAAUAUCAUAGAAGUUGCUGAUAGUGAUGUUAAAUGUGAGAUGGCCAUGUUAGCAUUAUAUCGAAGAUGGCUUGCCAUCCAUCGUCCCCAUGAGUAUGAUCUCCAAAACAUUGAUCGACUUUGGGACCAGGAAAACACAUUCUUGAAGAGAUUCCAAAUCUUCCGAAACAAUGCCCGCUUCAUUCACACGAGUAAUAAAAGGAGUAACAUCACUUACACUCUUGGUCUCAACAAAUUUGCAGAUUUGAGCAAUGAAGAAUUUCGAGCAAGGUAUACCACACCUGUCCGUCAAAUGCUUCUGCAACAUCAGUCCAUGAAGCAACACUUGGGUUAUGAGAAUGUAAAUGAGCCAUUGCCAGCCUUCGUUGAUUGGAGGAAGAGAGGAGCUGUAACUGGAGUCAAAGAUCAAGGUCCAUGUGGGAGCUGCUGGGCUUUCUCCACAGUUGCCGCGGUUGAGGGGAUCAACCAAAUCAGAACGGGAAAGUUGGUUUCCUUGUCUGAGCAAGAGCUAAUCGACUGUGAUAAUAAAGUAAAUGAAGGGUGCAAUGGUGGGCUUAUGGAUUAUGCUUUCCAGUUCAUUGUUGAGAACGGAGGAAUUAGCAGCGACAGUGAUUAUCCUUACACUGCUAGUGACAACAGAUGCAAUAUAACAAAGAAGAAUCCACCUAUGGUCCUCAUUGAUGGUUAUGAAGAUGUUCCAGCCAACAGUUCCAACGCACUUAUGAGAGCCGUCUCUCAUCAGCCUGUUUCGGUUGCAAUAGAAGCUGGGGGUCUAGAGUUUCAGUUCUACUCCAAGGGCGUAUUUAAUGGGUUCUGUGGAACAGACCUGGAUCAUGGGGUUGCAAUCAUUGGGUAUGGGAAAACAGAAAAAGGGGUCAACUAUUGGAUUGUGAAGAACUCAUGGGGGUCUGAUUGGGGAGAGGAUGGAUAUAUCCAGAUAAGGAGCAACUCUAAGGAGGGAUUGUGUGGGAUUAACAUGAUGGCAUCAUAUCCAAUCAAGUCCACCCCCAGAACAAAUGCGAUCCUGUUAAACUCACACCACAGCAGCGAUUCUGGGCAAUUUCUUACAUAAUGUGUGUGUGUGUGUGAGAGAGAGAGAGAGAGAUGCUGUACUAUUGGCAAUUGACACAAUUCAUACUAUACCCUUUCCU